GCGUGUCUCUGGCGCUGCUGGGGAGCAGUCUGGACCCCAGCAGCGCGCUCGUGUGGUCGUCGCCUCUGCUGUGCUCUGGGUGGACCAACUUCACGUGUAAAGACAACACCACCAUCACAGCAAUCAAUCUGGUGAAGAUGCCACUCUCUGGCUCCCUGCCGCCCGACAUCUCCAGAUUCAAAAGCCUUGAAUUCCUGGUGAUUCGGAGUUCCAGCAUCUCAGGUCCGUUGCCUGAUGCAAUCACUACUCUGAGAAACCUCAAGUACCUAGAUUUGAGCUACAAUCAAAUAUGGCCGCCUGUGCCAGCAGGCCUCUUCUCAAUGCCAGAGUUGAAGGGCAUGCUGCUAGGCAACAACUGGUUGACCAAUCAGACGGUGCCCAACAUGGCCAAGGCGCCCGCCUCUUUGAACAUGGUGUCGCUGCGCACCGUGGGGGCGACUGUGGACAACACUUCCAAAGCCGGCAAGGCUACUCUUGAGCUUUACGGCAACCCACAGAUUUGUAACGUAGCCACGGGCAGCCCGCUCAACCUGUCAUCCACCAGCGGCCAGUUCAACGACUCGUGCAAGUGGACCCACGCGCCCUUCUGCCUCAACCAGCGCUGCCUCCCCACGCAGUACAUCGACCGCCCGACCUUCCUCAACGCCUACCCCCCCUCCAACUGCAUCUACGGGCAAGGCCCCAUGACCGCCCCGCUCUUCCCUUCCGACCCAACUGCCGCAGCAGCAGCUGCUGCCUCUGCCACUGCUGAGUCUUUCACCCAAGCGUCUUCUCCCAGCUCGCCACUCCCUCCUGGCAGCGCCGGUCCACCCGAUGCGGCUCCUGAUGCUCUUGGUGGUGAUCGUGCUGGCGGCCGUGGCGGUGGUGGUGGGCCAGCAGCGGCGCCUGCGGGUGAUGUAGCGGUGCCGACGGGGCCGGGGGCGUGUGUGUGUGCGGGGAGCAAUCAGUUCUACGAGUUUGACCUGCUGUGCGCCAACAGCAAGAUCCAGGCGUGGACGGAUGAGUACUCGCAGCUCGUCUCUCAGAAGGUGUCUGAAGCGUUCGCCUAUAAGCUGAAGAGAUGCAUCAAUCCGGAGCAGGUGUGGUUGUGGCACGCGUAUGUGAGCGACUGGCGGCUGGACAGCAGUGGCGCACCUCUGUUUGACAUGCGGCUGUACGUGGUGCUGUUUGAGAACCUCACGAGGGACGAGGAGAUCACGGUGCAGUACGUCAUCGUGCAAAACCCCGGCCUUCUGAAAAACUCCACGUUCGGAGAGCUCAAGCUGCUGGACCACGAGAAAGAGUUGCCGCCCCCAACCACCCUGCCACCCUUCCCGGAAAGGAACAACACCGCCCCACCAGCUGCGCCUCCCCCAGAUGAGCCCUCCUCGUCGUCCUACACCACCAUCAUCAUUGCCGUGGUCGUCGUGGUGCUCGCCGUGCUCUUCGGCGUUGGCGUUGCCUACUUUUACUUCUUCGUCCGCAACCGACACACCAAGUUGUCAUCCAUAUCAGGCUCUGGUUUCCUGGGCAACCAGGCGCUCUCCUCGUCCUUUGGCUGGGCGCUGCAGCAGCGCUUCGUGCAGGUCUACUCGCUCAAGGAGGUGGCAGCAGCGACGAACAACUGGGACGAGGAGAGGGUGCUGGGGCAGGGCGGGUACGGGCGGGUGUACCUGGGGGAGGGCGCUCAUGGCGUGCAGUGGGCGGUUAAGAGGCUCGAGGCGAGAUCUACAGCCAAAGGGCUACAAGACUUCAGGAAUGAGGUGGAGCUCAUCUCGCAGACCAAUCAUCGCAACCUGGUAAAGCUGCUGGGCUUCUGUGACGACCAGGGCGAGCAGAUCCUGGUGUACGAGUUUGUGCCGAAUGGGAAUCUGCGGCAACACCUGCGCCCCUCCAAAGCCGCUCUAGAGCACCCCGACGCGCACAAGCUAGGGCUGACCUUCCUGCAGCGCGUGGACGUGGCAGUGGGGGCGGCUGAGGGGCUGCGAUACCUGCACAACUUCACCACGCCCUCCGUGGUGCACCGCGACGUGAAGAGCGAAAACAUCCUGCUCGAUGAGAACAUGCAGCCCAAGGUGGCGGAUUUUGGGUUCUUCAAGAACAUGGUGGACGGGGCGAGUGGCGGCAAGGGCGCAUCGGAGGCAGUGAGCACACGAGUGCUGGGCACGCCGGGCUAUGUGGACCCCGAAUACUACUACACGUGCAAGGUCACCACCAAGUGCGAUGUCUACAGUUUCGGAGUGGUGUUGUGGGAGCUCAUAACGGGCAAAUCGCCCAUCCUAGAGGUGGAGGACCCCGACUCAGGCCCAGGCGACGGGCCUUGCUUCAUGCAGCUGCCCAUCUGGGCGAUCAUGUACCUCAAAAAAGGCAACCUAGAGGAGAUAGUGGACCCGGCAUUCAAGGGGGAUUACGACAAAGAAGCCAUUAAAGCCAUGGCGGAGAUAGCCGACAAGUGCACUAGAGACAAGGCUCGCCACCGCCCCGAGAUGACCGACGCGCUGACGUGGCUGGUGGAGAUCCAACGGCGCCUCAAGCGCGAGAGCGACCCCAGCUAUGUAUCUGAGCCGUCCACUCCCGUGGCGGGGAGCAGGGGAGGAGGCGCAGGAGGGGAUGCGGUGCUGGAGCUGGUUGGCGUUGGGGGGGCAGACUCGCUAGCACUGCACUCGACAACACACCAGCCGCCCAUCUCCACCAACUUCGCGGGGCGGUGA